AUGGAGUCACUCCUGCUGCCGGUGCUGCUGCUGCUGGCCGUACUGUGGACGCAGGCGGCCGCCCUCAUUAACCUCAAGUACUCAGUGGAAGAAGAGCAGCGUGCCGGGACGGUAAUCGCUAACGUGGCCAAGGACGCGCGAGAGGCGGGCUUCGCGCUGGACCCCCGGCAGGCCUCCGCUUUCCGUGUGGUGUCCAAUUCCGCUCCGCACCUGGUGGACAUCAACCCUAGCUCAGGCCUGCUGGUCACCAAGCAGAAGAUUGACCGCGACCUGCUGUGCCGUCAGAGCCCGAAGUGCAUCAUCUCUCUCGAGGUUAUGUCCAGCUCAAUGGAAAUCUGCGUGAUUAAGGUGGAGAUCAAGGACCUGAACGACAAUGCGCCCAGUUUCCCAGCGGCACAGAUUGAGCUAGAGAUAUCAGAGGCGGCCAGCCCCGGCACACGUAUCCCGCUGGACAGCGCCUAUGAUCCCGACUCUGGCAGCUUUGGGGUGCAGACUUAUGAGCUCACGCCCAACGAACUGUUCGGCCUGGAGAUCAAGACGCGUGGCGACGGUUCACGCUUUGCUGAACUCGUGGUGGAGAAAAGUCUAGACCGCGAGACUCAGUCGCACUACAGUUUUCGAAUCACUGCACUCGACGGCGGAGACCCGCCGCACUUGGGCACCGUGGGCCUCAGCAUCAAGGUGACUGACUCCAAUGACAACAACCCGGUGUUUGGCGAGUCCACCUACGCGGUGAGCGUGCCUGAGAACUCGCCUCCCAACACACCCGUCAUUCGCCUUAAUGCUAGUGACCCAGACGAGGGCACCAACGGCCAGGUUGUCUACUCUUUCUAUGGCUAUGUCAACGACCGAACACGCGAGCUUUUCCAAAUCGAUCCACACAGUGGCUUGGUCACUGUCACUGGUGCCCUAGACUAUGAAGAGGGCCACGUGUACGAACUGGACGUUCAGGCCAAGGACCUGGGGCCCAACUCUAUCCCAGCACACUGCAAGGUCACAGUCAGCGUGCUGGACACCAAUGACAACCCACCGGUAAUCAACUUGCUAUCGGUCAACAGUGAGCUUGUGGAGGUGAGCGAGAGCGCCCCCCCAGGCUACGUGAUCGCCCUAGUUCGGGUGUCCGAUCGCGACUCAGGCCUCAAUGGACGAGUGCAGUGCCGUUUGCUGGGCAACGUGCCAUUUCGCCUGCAGGAGUAUGAGAGCUUCUCCACUAUCCUGGUGGACGGUCGGCUGGAUCGUGAGCAGCACGAUCAGUACAAUCUUACCAUUCAGGCGCGCGAUGGCGGCGUACCUAUGCUGCAAAGUGCCAAGUCCUUUACAGUGCGCAUAACUGAUGAGAACGACAACCACCCGCACUUCUCUAAGCCCUACUACCAGGUCAUUGUGCAGGAGAAUAACACUCCCGGCGCUUAUCUUCUCUCUGUGUCUGCCCGCGAUCCUGAUCUGGGUCUCAAUGGCAGUGUCUCCUACCAGAUAGUGCCGUCGCAGGUGCGGGACAUGCCUGUAUUCACCUAUGUCUCCAUCAAUCCCAAUUCGGGUGAUAUCUAUGCUCUGCGAUCCUUCAACCAUGAGCAGACCAAGGCAUUUGAAUUCAAGGUGCUGGCCAAGGAUGGUGGCCUGCCCUCACUGCAAAGCAACGCCACAGUGCGGGUCAUCAUCCUAGACGUCAAUGACAAUACCCCAGUUAUCACAGCCCCGCCACUAAUCAAUGGCACUGCUGAGGUCUACAUCCCCCGAAACUCAGGCAUAGGCUACCUGGUGACUGUUGUCAAGGCAGACGACUACGACGAGGGCGAAAAUGGUCGAGUUACCUAUGACAUGACUGAGGGUGACCGUGGCUUCUUUGAAAUAGACCAGGUUAAUGGCGAAGUCAGGACCACCCGCACCUUCAGCGAGAGCUCUAAAGCUUCCUAUGAGCUUAUUGUGGUGGCCCAUGACCACGGCAAGACGUCUCUCUCAGCCUCUGCGCUGGUCCUAAUCUACCUUUCCCCAGCUCUUGAUGCCCAAGAGUCAAUGGGCUCAGUGAACCUAUCCUUGAUUUUCAUUAUCGCCCUGGGCUCUAUUGCUGGCAUCCUGUUUGUCACUAUGAUCUUCGUGGCAAUCAAGUGCAAGCGCGACAACAAAGAGAUCCGAACCUACAACUGCAGUAAUUGUUUAACCAUCACUUGUCUCCUCGGCUGUUUUAUAAAAGGACAAAACAGCAAGUGUCUGCAUUGCAUCUCGGUUUCUCCCAUUAGCGAGGAGCAAGACAAAAAGGCAGAGGAGAAAGUGAGCCUAAGGGGAAAGAGAAUCGCUGAGUACUCCUAUGGGCAUCAAAAGAAAUCAAGCAAGAAGAAAAAAAUCAGUAAGAAUGACAUCCGCCUGGUACCCCGGGAUGUGGAGGAGACAGACAAGAUGAAUGUUGUCAGUUGCUCCUCCCUGACCUCCUCCCUCAACUAUUUCGACUACCACCAGCAGACGCUGCCCCUGGGCUGCCGCCGCUCUGAGAGCACUUUCCUGAAUGUAGAGAACCAGAAUACUCGCAAUACCAGCGCCAACCACAUCUACCAUCACUCUUUCAACAGCCAGGGCCCCCAGCAGCCAGAUCUGAUCAUCAAUGGUGUGCCUCUGCCUGAGACUGAAAAUUAUUCUUUUGAUUCCAACUAUGUGAAUAGCCGAGCCCAUUUAAUCAAAAGCAGCUCCACCUUCAAGGACCUAGAGGGCAACAGCCUGAAGGAUAGUGGACAUGAGGAGAGUGACCAGACUGACAGUGAGCAUGAUGUCCAGAGGAGCCUGUAUUGUGAUACUGCUGUCAACGAUGUGCUGAAUACCAGUGUGACGUCCAUGGGAUCUCAGAUGCCUGACCAUGAUCAGAAUGAAGGGUUUCAUUGCAGAGAAGAAUGCCGGAUUCUUGGCCACUCUGACAGGUGCUGGAUGCCCCGGAAUCCCAUGCCCACUCGUUCCAAGUCUCCUGAGCAUGUGAGGAACAUCAUCGCGCUCUCCAUUGAAGCUACUGCUGCUGAUGUUGAAGCUUACGACGACUGCGGCCCCACCAAGCGGACUUUUGCAACCUUUGGGAAAGAUGUCAGCGAUCACCCAGCUGAGGAGAGGUCCACCCUGAAAGGGAAGAGGACUGUCGAUGUAACCGUCUGUAGUCCCAAGGUCAAUGGCGCUAUCCGGGAGGCAGGCAAUGGCUGUGAGGCGAUUAGCCCUGUCACCUCCCCCCUCCACCUCAAGAGCCCUCUGCCCACCAAGCCUUCCAUGUCUUACACCGUUGCCCUGGCUCCCCCGGCCCGUGAUCUGGAGCAGUAUGUCAAUAAUGUCAACAAUGGCCCUUCCCGUCCCUCUGAAGCUGAGCCCCGUGGAGCUGACAGCGAGAAAAUCAUGCAUGAGGUUAACCCCAUUCUGAAGGAGGGUCGCGACAAAGAGUCCCCUGGUGUGAAGCGUCUGAAGGAUAUCGUUCUCUAAACCAGUCUCUGGGAAGAAGAGAAAGAAACUACGUUGGCUAGCGAAGAUGUAGGAGCUACUCAUUUUAAUUGCUCACCAAUGGUUGGUUCUUGAGUGGCUAUAUUUCAGAGCUUUCCCUAAAUGUAUUGUUUAUAAAUGACUAUCAUUCUGUGACAAUCCCUCUCGUUUCAACAGGCAGCAGGGGUGUUCAGUUAGAGCAAAUUAGCUUUGGCUUGAGUUGUUCAUGGGGCCUUGAUGUUGGGGAAACAGAGACAAAUUCAGUUGUGAAAAGUAUUAUGUAUUAAGUGUUUGAAUUUAUAUAUUUUUCUAUGUCAAAAUUAUAAUAUAAAUUACCAUUGUUUGUGGAGGAUUACAUUUAAAAAAA